CGCAGACCAGCCAGGCUUAACCCAACUUAACCAACUCUACUCGUACAGCUACAACACCAUACCACGUCUAUCUAACGAACGAGGAUACCCCCUCGAAAAACUGCCGAUCCAGCAGCAAGUAAAAACAGUAGGUAAUGUCAUCAUCGGCACAGUCUCGAUUAUUGCAGGUUGCGGGGCAUGUUGGCGGCGGUGGCGGGGAGGGAGGAUUACCUCCUGUGCCGAUGGUCGCAGGGGAUUCGGUUGGGCCAAGGCUAACCGGCAAAGUCGCCAUAGUUACCGGUUGUAAUUCCGCCAUCGGCAUUGGCCGCGCCACGGCCCUGCAAUACGCACGCAACAACCUCAAAGCCCUCUUCAUCUGCGACUUCUCGAAUACCAACCUCCCAGCCCUAGAAUCCGAACUGCGCGCCCUCGCGCCAAACACCAAAAUCCACGCGCGCACCUUCGACGCCGCGGACGAAGCCUCGGUCGCCGCGGUGGUCCAGGAAGCAUUAGACAAGUACGCCCGCCUGGACAUAUUCUUCGCGAACGCGGGUGUGCUCGGCGGUAUGAAGCUCGUUGGCGACAUCACGGCGGAGGAAUUUAUGGAGACCUUGAGGGUUAAUACGCUGAGUGUAUUCCUAGCAGUGAAGUAUGCCGGGAAGGCAAUGCAGGUUGUUGGCAAGGAAAAGAAGGUUCCUGGAGGAUCGAUUAUUGCCACUGCUUCAACUGCCGGGGUUAGGUCUGGCGCCGGGACUACCGACUACUCUGCUUCCAAAGCCGCAGUAAUAAACGUGAUGCAGACUUCAGCAUUCCAACUGGCGGGCACGAACGUCCGCUGUAACGCUAUAUGUCCCGGUCUCACCGAGACCGGAAUGACGAGUGGAGUCUGGGACGCGGCCAGGAAGCGCGGAACCGAGGGGAAGAUCGGGCAGAUAAAUCCACUCAAACGGGGCGCUGUCAGUGAUGAGAUUGCGAGGGUUGCGUUGUUUUUGGGGAGCGACGAGAGCUCAUACGUAAACGCCCAAUUCUGGCUCGUAGACGGAGGACUGAGCGGUAGUCAUCCCACUGCUCCGGGAAAGUUCUUUUAAAUACCGGUAAAAGCUCGUCACCAUCCGUCCACCACAUUACACCUUAGCCUUAGCAGACAGCCGGGCAGCGCAUUCAUUCAGAAUAAUAACACCGGUAUUAUAAUAUCAUAAACACAAACAAACAAAUUCACCCGCCCCUCCCGCAAUCACACUGGCUCACUCGAAAACGACCGCCCCCCAAAGCCAAGCUAUAGCAACCAUAACUUGGGCUUCGGUAAACCACACUAAAGUACCCCAUACUCGAGUACUUGUAUGGGAACACCCGAACCCCAAAAUUAAAUUUGUCAAGAAAAAGAAAAUCAAAUCAACCCAACCCAACCACACCCAAAAAUCUUGAAACAGACCCCGAAGCCAUCCAGCAUCGUGAGAAGUCUUGCAAGCUGAUUGGUGGAGACCUGUUCCCGGUACCUGGUGCCUAACAUACGGUAUUCUCUGUGCCGGGACUCUACUCGUAAGUAUCAGAUUUUUAGCGACGCCGGAAUACUCCUUUGACAAUAGUUUUUCUUUUCUUUUUCUUUUUCAUUACUUUUUCCUAGGGGGUGCAUUUCAUCCCGUUUUUUUUUUGGAGGGGUGUGGUGAUGGUACUGUACCUGUCUGUACUCGUACUCGUACUCGUAAUUAUUUACUUUAUUAAUUUGAAUACCGUAGUAACUUAA